UUUAACUUUCUUGGGUUUAGCCUGAAAUUGAGCCGCUGAGAGGAAAAAAAACAUGUGAAUGGCGUGAGGCAAAUUAUAGCGUCACAGGUGUGCUGCCACACACAUCAACCUGCACCUGACAAACUGAUUAGCGGUAACAAAACUGGUAGUUCUGCGAAGGCAAUAAAUUACAGUCAACGGAUACACAGGCAAACGUUCAGAAAAUGGGAGAAAUGCUAAAAUUUGUGGAAGCAAUCAAGGAAACCUCGGUAUUUUUAAUUUUUAACGAAGUAACACACGACCCAACGGAAUUGGGUUUAAAUUGUACCGCACUGGCCGCGUUUCCCCCGUCAGAGAGGAGCCCUCCCCAGAAGAGAAAUUGCCUACAAUCCCAGAGCGAAAAAGACUUCCAUCCAUGAUGAUGGCAGAUUUUACAGGAGACCAUACGUGGUUACAAAUACAGCAUGAACUAAGCUUGAGGAAACUAAUAGAUGGUUCAGAGUAUCAAGAGGAACUGAAGUACGACUUCAACGUAAAAGGUGAACUGAGGCAUCUGGAUACAAAUGAGUCCUUUGUUUUCAAUUAUUACAAGAAUGCACAUGAGCAGAAUCAUAAACGCUAUCAAGUUUUGGGACAUUUGAUUACCCACUAUGUUUAUGAGCUCCUGGAAAGAGUCUGCAUGCUGCAGAAAGUUUAUAUUCCCACUGAUGCUACAGAGGAUGAACCAAGAAGUUUCUUCUUCAUGAGCAAGGAUGCACUAACAAGUUCCUCAAGCCUAAUUGUCCUUCUGCAAGACCGUGGAGUUUUCCGUGCUGGACAGUGGGGGCAAAGGACGAUUGUCAGUGAAGGUCUGGAACAUGGAACACAAAUUCCAUUCAUCAAAAUGGCCCUUCAAAGCCAUAGGGGAGUGAUUGUACUGAAUCCCAAUGACAACUUUGUUGAUCUGAAGACUGAAAAGAAGUUAAAUUUUUCUACCAGGGGAGAAUCACUGCCUCCUACGCGGUCCAUCUGGUGGAUCCCCAAGAGGGGCAGCAGCAGCCCCGAGGAACACACCGUGUAUGUAUGGGAUCAUUUCAUUUCAAAGAGCGCAGCCGAGAAUGUGGCCUUCAUUGCCCAUGGCUAUGGUGGCUUGGUGUUUGUCGAUCUCCUGGUGCAGAGAAAACAGGAGGUAAUGAAUAAAGUGUACUCUGUGGCGUUCAUUGACUCCGUGCACAACAUACAGCACCAGACUAGAAGUGAUCCACAAAUACAAGAAUGGAUACAGAAGUACUGCCGUGAAUGGGUGUCAAACAGUAAGCCUCUAGGUAAAGCUGUAGGUUCUCUCAUGAAAGUGAAUUGUCCUACUGUCUCUGCUGGAACAGAAAAGUAUGACUUGGCAGCCUCCUGCUGCUUACAUGCCAUCUUUAAGUACCUGAAGAGCAUGCUGAAAGCCAAGACCAUGACAGCCUUUAGGCAUUCACCUGUUGCAACCAGAAGCAGCGCAAGCAAGAGAGGCAAUAACUAAAGGUACACUGAUUUAUUCUUGGUAGUGGUCUCUUCCUCUCCUAACCACCCCUGCACCUUUCGAUCAUCUAAGGACCUUCCUCUCACUGUGGAGCAACUUACAGUUCUAAGUUUGAAGCUAGUUUGUUUUUGAAAAACACACAAAUGGGAGUUAACUGUUAGGAAAGAAAUGCAUUGUUGAAAGCCUUCGGCUAGCUGUGAAAUCUAAAGUUGCACAAAAUAAAGAUGUU